AUGAGUAGUUUUAGCGAAGGUGAAAUAUUUAUUGCCAAUAUAGAAAAGAAAUCACUAGAAUGUAGAGAAAAUGACGAAAUCGUUGUAUUAAAAAUAUGUGAAUUAUGUAAUAUCAUAUAUCCAAUUUUUAAUAAAAUAUUUGGGAAUGGUUUUGUAGGUGAUACCUUAAAAAAGGAUCUAAAAAAUUCUUCUUCUCAAGUUCAACGAGCUAUUGAAAAAUUUCCUGAAGAAACAAAAUAUGUUUCCAUGUUAUAUUCAUAUAACAUAAAUAAGUAUGAGAAUAUGGAAAAAUUAAAAAGGGAUUUAGAUAAUGGAAUUAUAAGUUUCUUAUGGAUGAAAAGAACAUUAGAAUUUAUUAUAAUAUUUUUGGAAAAAUGUUAUAUAACAUGUAAUGAAACAAAAUUAUCCAUAUGUGCACAAGAAGCAUAUAAUGAAGUAUUAAAAAAAUAUCAUGGAUUUAUUACUUCAAAAAUAGUAAAACUAUGUUUAAAGCUGUCUCCAACUAAAGAUAUUUUAACCAAAAAAUUAGGAUUUCAAACAAAUCAACAAGCUUCCACUGUACUUCAAAAAUGUCUUUCCAUUACAAAACCUUUGGUCAGAGAUAUUUCUGUUACUAUAGAAAGAUUCAAUUGUGAUUUUGAGGAAAAAAUUUAA